AUGAGGUGAUCAACACAAGAAAGUUUUCUUUAGUUGUAAGGUUCCAAUGUUAAGUAACGUGAGCUUUUGAUUUCGUUUAUUGCAACCAUAACCAAACUUACAUUUGAAGAAAAGAGGAAGAGAGAAAGAAAGAAAGAUAUAUCAAAUUCAAAGAUGGGUCAAUCGUUGCAAAAACUAGCUCCUGGAAACGAGGUGAAAAUGACCAAAUUAAUGGGUGAAACAGCACAAAGAUAUUACGAGGAACAUUUCUCAGACGUUACAAAGGAUUGGACAUCGGUUGAUUUCUACAGAGCAGUUUGUGAGGCAGUAGAAGAAAUCAAUAGGAUUCUUGGCAACACCCAAUUUAGGGUACCAAAGGAAGAAGCUCUCCAGCAAGCAUAUGACAGACACCACAAAGGGAAAGGAAAAUCAUUGACAAAAGAGGAGUUUCAAAAGAUUCUUCAAGAUGCAAUAGUGGAAACAGGAUUCACAGGCAUUGGAGCAAAGGACAUUUUACUUUACAUCUUUGGAGUACCUGCAACAGCAUUAUUAAUCAAACAAGGAUUGAUUCCUAAAGCACUUCCCAAUGAGAUUUUCAUCCCUGUAGUCACCUCUGCAACUGUCUUUGUUCUUGCCAAAUUAAACAAGAUAUGAUAAAUACUACUAAAUUUGCUUGUGUUUUAAAACUUAAGACUCUACUUUAAUUAGUUUGGGUGCAAGGAAGAAUGAGAAGCAAAAGUGCAAAAUGAUACUCCCAUAUACAUAUGUCACUGAUUUGUACUAUUUCCAACUAAUAUGUGAAAAAUGGUUGAUUGGAUAUCAAUAUUGGUUUUUAGUUUUGAAAUUUAAAAAGUAGUUGCUAUAAGUUGUAUAAUCAUGAAAUUUGAAUUAUGGUACUAUACAACAACUUACUCUUUUUGUA